UAGUGCUUGUGGUCCCAAGUUUGCUUCACGUCCCUUGAUGUGCGGACCUUUUUCCGCGUUGUUAUUCUUAUCCAACUGCUAGGGCUUUUCAUAAUAGUGUUGCGUUUUGUAGAGUUUAGUUAUUUAUCUGCACAGCGUUCAUAAAGCACGAUUUUAGCAGAGGACAUGAGCAAGAUGGCUAACUAGAUAGCUACAGUUUGGGCUUAAUACAUUAGUUAACUGAGCUAGUUAGCGUUAGUGGGGGCUAUAGUGUGGCUGACUGCACCCACCUUUCAGGAUGUCGGGGGGAGCACGUUUAGAAAACGCCAAUCCUUUGAUUUUUCAGCGAACUGGGGAAAGACUCCUUACGGCAAGCGAAGAGGAUGAGGACGUUGCCGAUCCCAUUGACGACAGGGAGAUAUUUGAUCUCAUUAGGUCCAUCAGUGACCCCGAGCAUCCUCUGUCGCUCGAGGAGUUGAACGUUGUGGAACAAGUGCGCGUGAAAGUGAAUGACGAGGAGAGCACGGUCUCGGUAGAGUUCACCCCAACGAUUCCUCACUGCAGCAUGGCUACUCUCAUAGGGCUGUCAGUCAAAGUAAAACUGCUGCGUUCAUUGCCGGCCAGGUUUAAGAUAGAUGUUCAUAUCACUCCGGGUACACAUGUUUCAGAAGAUGCAGUUAACAAGCAGCUGGCAGAUAAAGAAAGGGUGGCAGCAGCACUGGAGAACUCACAGCUGCUGGAGGUGGUGAACCAGUGCCUGUCCACAAGACCUGCAUGACCUCACCCAUUCAGUGGAAUGAAACGUGGAGGAACUUUACGCAGCGCCGUUACCUUUCUGCUCUGCUGCUGGCUUACACAUUUGUCAAGCUGCACAUUCAGCUAUAUGCGAGGAAAGCAUUUUCUGUCUGCCUUUGUAGUAGUUUUCCUGAUGCAAAUAUUUUGUUCCACUGAACAAACAUCCAACAACAGCAUCCAACAAACUUAAGAAAACCUACGAUUCAACCAACUGUCUUUAAGGCAUGAUUACACUUGCUUAAAGGUGUUUGUCAGUUUUGCUUCAGUGUUUGUCAAGAGUAACAGAAAAUAUUGUCAAUAAUGUCUGAGAAGCUUCAUUACAGUGUGAUGUAAGGGAAUGUGUCAGUCAUCAUUCUCUGCUGAUGCAGGCUCCAGAGAAUAUACUUUAUAGAGAUGAACCAUUAUCUAUGUGAAUCAUUUAAUACUUAUCUAUAGUGCUUAUACAAUAGUAAUAAUAAACAAUAAUCUGACAUUUACAA